AUGAGCGCUGGAAAUAAGGCGCUGAGCCGGGGGCGGGUCACUGCUGCACUCCACGGAGACCCGAUUGGGAGACCAAUUGCCCGGGAGUCGGCGAUUCGACUCGAGGUCUUUGGGGUUUAUUUCUUGCUCUAUCGUGGACUCUCUGGGCGAGUGAUAAAGGGGGUGGCGCGCGCGAUCAGCAGCGCCGGCGUCUUCCGCGCGGCCAAUCAGACGCCGCACGAGAAUAGCGGCGGUUCAGCUGGCCGCGCGCGACCCGGUCUGUGGGUGAGCGCUGACAAAUCGCGGGUGGUGGCCGGGUUGGCGCCCACCUCGCGCAUUGGGCGGUUAGGGAGUGAUGCUGCGCUCGCCUAA